CGAGAGACCAGGGUCAGGUGCCCACUGGCUCCCCACCAAAGACAGAGACUUGGGGUCCCCUCCCCAAACCCCAGCAGGGAUGUCUCGGAGGAAACAGCGCAACCCCCAGCAACUCAUCUCUGACUGUGAAGGGUCCACAGCCUCUGAGAACGGAGACACUGGGGACGAGUCAAACCCGUUAUCCUGUUCCUCCUGCCAUAUCACCUUCAAGGAUCCCUCCAAGAUAGCAGCUCAUGUAGAGUCCAGCUGCAUGGAGCAGCCCACCUGCUCCUCUAUUACCUCUACUGGCACGGCUGGUGGCCAAGAUCAUGCUGUUGUUUCCUCCUCCUCUUCUUCCUCCUCUGUCGAGAUCCGUCCUGAAAGCCCUCCAAGCAUGGAUGUUGAGUCUGGAAGCUUGCUGACAGAUCCAACCCAAGACCCAGGCCCUCCCCGGCCGCCUCCACCUCCCCCAUCGCUGCCUCCGACUUCUGCUGUACCUACUGGGCACCUCAACAUCCCUCUCAUCCUGGAAGAGCUCCGAGUCCUGCAGCAGCGUCAACUUCACCAAAUGCAGAUGACGGAACAGAUCUGUCGCCAGGUAUUGCUCUUGGGGUCCCUUGGCCAGGUGAGCUCCUCACCACCUUCCACAGAGCCCGCUCCGGUAGCUUCCCUCCCUCCUAAGCCCCCCUUGCCGGUCUUUUCCAUCAAAACCGAGCCGGGCAGGACCCAAGCUUCUAGCUCCCCGGAAGUGCCCAAACCCGCUUUCUUCCAUCUCUACCACCCAUUCCCCAGCGGGACUCGAGUCCCCAAAGCCGAGCAGCUCUUGGCUCCAGCCUUCCCCACAGCCACUGGCCUCCUGGCUGCUCAGUGUUUGGGUGCCGCUAGGGGUUUGGAGCAAGCAACUUCUCCCGGCCUGCUGCGGCAAAAGAACGGAGGUGGUGUCCCCACUGAAAGCAGCCUGGAGGAGAAACCAGGCGGGCGCCACAAGUGCCGGUUCUGCGGCAAAGUCUUUGGCAGCGACAGCGCCCUCCAGAUCCACCUGCGUUCCCACACAGGGGAGCGCCCUUACAAGUGUAACAUCUGCGGCAACCGCUUCACCACCCGUGGCAACCUCAAGGUGCACUUCCACCGCCACCGGGAGAAAUACCCUCAUAUCCAGAUGAACCCCCACCCAGUCCCCGAGCACCUCGAUUACGUCUUGACCACUUCAGGGUUGCCCUAUGGGAUGUCGGUGCCACCUGAGAAAGCAGAGCCAGGAGAGGAGACUGCUACGCCUCCCACCACUGAACGCAAGGCCCUUAGUGCUACUGAGAGCUUGACUCUGCUCUCUGGAGCUACUCCAUCUGGGGCUUCUCAGGCCCUGCCGAGUUUCAACAAGUUGGUCCUGAUGAAGGCGGUGGAAGCUAAGGGGAAAGGGGAUGAGAACACACCACCGGAAAGGGAGACAGAAGGUGCCCGUCUUCAGCUGGGCAAAUUAGUGGGUUCUUUGCCCAGUUGGGCCUUGUUAGCCAACCACUUCAAAGCAGGUACAGCAGUGGGGCCGUUCCCUUAUGUCCUGGAAGCUUCCCCUUCUGAGACCUCCAAGCUUCAGCAGCUGGUGGAGAAGAUCGACCGCCAAGGGUCCCCCUCCUCCUCCUCCUGUGCUGGACCAGGAGCCACUUCCCAAGCAGUGGCCGGUUCCUCGUCGGCUUCAUCCCCACCUACUUCUUCAGGCUCCAACCAGUGUGUGAUCUGCUUGCGGGUCUUGAGCUGUCCCCGGGCUCUGCAGCUUCAUUAUGGGCAACACGGAGGAGAGAGGCCUUUCAAGUGCAAGAUUUGUGGGCGAGCCUUUUCCACCCGGGGCAACCUGCGUGCUCACUUCGUGGGCCACAAGACCAGCUCAGCAGCCAAGGCUCAAAACUCAUGCCCCAUCUGCCAGAAGAAGUUCACCAAUGCUGUUAGCCUCCAGCAACACGUCCGGAUGCACCUUGGUGGGCAGAUCCCGAAUGGGGCUCUCCUCCCGGAGACACCUAUCCCAGAGGGAUCUGUCCUAGGAGAAGGGGAGAAGCAGCAGCAGCAACCGCAGCAGCAGGAAGCAUCUCUUCCACCAGAGGAAGAACUGUCGGAGGAAGAGGAAGAAGAACCCACAGAUGAAGACUCUCUAGAAAGUGCUGGGGAGAAGGUUGAAGGACCUUCCAGUCCUGAUCAGGAAGCUCCAGGUCCUGCCAAGGAAGGGGAAGAAUUGGCACAAGCGGAAGAAGAGGAUGAAGGAGGUCCCGCUGCCACUUCCCCAGCAGCACCCCAAAGUCCCCAAUGUCCCAUGCAGGAAGGGGAGGAGAAGGCAGAAGUGGAAAAAGUGGAAGAGGAAUCUUCACCAAAGGAGGAGGAAGAGAAGGAAAAGGGAUCAGGUGGAGAAGGCCCCUCCGAGAAGCAGAUAGGCGGUCAAGCCAAAGAGGGGCUGGCCCUAGCAUGUGGAAUCUGCAAGCAAGUCUUUCCUGACCGGGCUGCUCUGCGUAAACAUGUCCUGACUGCCCAUCCACAGCUCAAUCUUGGCAGCUAUGUGUGGAGCAGCAGCCAGGCACGACGUCGCCGCCUGCCCCUCGAGGGCUCCAUGCCUGGGGUCUCAGGGGGCCAAGUCAAGCUGCAGGACUUCCUGGGACGUGACAUACCAGCCCAGCUCGUCGGAGUGGGACCCCUCUCCUUCUGGAACCAGUACACAGCCUUCCUCUCUGGAGGCCUCCCAACCAAGCCUGCCCAUGCAGGUUCUGCUCCCACUCCUUCCUCCUCCUCUGCUACUUCCCCCUCCUCCUCUUCCUCAGCUUCCAAUCUGGUCACCCAGGGCCUCUUUGGAUCAGGCAGCACACCUGUGAAGACAAGCUCCGGUGAGGUGAAGGAAAAACCACCCAUGGGGUCUCUAUUGCUGCUCCCACCACCACCGCCCCCGCCUGUCCCACCUCCGGAAGUGGUCCCCGAGAGCCAAGGGAAGGGGGAGCAGUAACCUGACUGUGAAAAUAGCCUCCUUGUCAGGUAAGAAAACCAGGGGGUG